AAAGAAAGAGAAAAAAAAGCUCGGACGCGCUGCCGUUCGAAGCCAUCGCCCGAUUACACAGUGCCGGGUGCCGUUUUCCGAGAUGGGAAUCCCGUUGUCUCGGACCUUGCGCGGCCGUCCAGAAACCCGGGUGGUCAAAUACGCACCCGAUCGCGAGGUCGCGCCCCUCGAGACGCUCAACGAACUGCUCGAGUACAAGGAACAGCCCCUUCUGUGCGCCGUGGAACCCCUCUCGGACGCCGUCAAGCGGGGUAGGCCUGGCGAACCGCGGACCAUCUUCUGCCACGACAUGGGCGGCGGCUACAGGGAGGACAGGUUCAUUUAUGGCUGUGACGAGGCCAACGGCUACCGGUUUCACCACUGGCAAAUAAUCGACACGUUCAUCUAUUACUCCCACCACAUGGUCACCAUCCCUCCUCCGGGUUGGAUUUCCGCUGCCCACAAGCACGGCGUCAAGGUUCUAGGAACCUUCAUCCUAGGCGAGGAGGACAUCAAGACCAUCAAUAGGGUCAGAGGCUCCAAUCUCGUACCCCAGGUGGCCACCCAGCUGGCACGCGUCGCAUCCAUGGGCUGGUUCGACGGAUGGCUCAUCAGCAUCGGGUGCAAAGUGGACGCAAGCUGCGUUCCAUUCCUGAAGGACUUGCUCAGGACCACCACCACAGAAACGCACAAGGCUGUGCCGGGCUCGCUCGUCAUCUGGUACGAUGCCGUCAACAUCGACGGAAUGUCGGAGCCGCAGAACGAGCUCAACCGAAGAAACUCGUGCUUCCUGGACCUGUGCGAUGGCAUCUUCCUCAACUUCCACUGGACUGAGGUCAUGCUCCGGAAGUCGGCCCAACUCGCAGGCGACCGCAAAGCCGACGUCUACGCCGGGGUCGACGUCUACGCGCGCGGCACUUCGUACCCUGGUGGCUACGACAUGUACAAGGCUGUCCAGCUUGCUCGUAGAUGUGGCUUGUCGGCUGCUGUGUUUGCGGCCGCCUGGGUCUACGAGACGCAAGAAAAAAAGAAAUUCGGAAAAAACCAGUAUCGGCUUUGGAACUUUCCGGAUGACUGCUGCUCUGAAUUUCGUCUCACCAAGCUGCCACUGUCCACAAGUUUUUGUCAAGGUUUUGGAAAACAGACAUUCGCCGAUGGCCAGGCAAGUAAUUUUCACUUAAUGACAGUGUCACGGCGACCGGCCGCAGUACAGUCAUUGUAAAUUACCCGUGUUCCU